AGCAUUUUGUCUUUUGAACCACUCUACCCACAAAUGGAAUCAACAAGCCCACUUAAGUCAGUCACAAUCACCACCGAUAAGCCACCCCCACCAGCCGAACAAACCACCGCAUCACCUCGCACCAUGGACCUCUCCGACUCACCCACAACACAACCACCACCACCUCCCACCGCCGAUCCCCAACCCCUCGCCGACGACCCACUGAACAACCCAUACGCCUCCCUCAACGACCUCUGCCACGACCUCACCUCCCUCCAGGACCUCACCUCACGCGGCUCAUGGCUCACUAUUCUCGAUAAAGUCUCACGCGCCCGAUCUCUUUCUCUCCUCACCAAACCACAUGAACAUCUCCUCUACCUCACCUUCAAUGCCCUCGCACUCACCAAACUCCGCCGCUUCGUCGACGCCAUCGCCGAGCUCGAUUCGCUCGAAGACCUCAAAUCUCCCCAGUAUUUAUACCAAAAUUACCCCCACAUUUACCCCAAUAUCACCGGUUCCAUGGUCCCCUUCGCCCUCCGUUGGCUCCAUGCUGAACUCCCUUCAAAGCACAACAAGCGUCAAAAAACCCUUGAUCGCUUCUAUACCCUCCUCGAUUUCGUCCGUACAAAGUUAACAGACAAAUCAUCCGAGAAAUUAAGUGAUUCCUCCGCAGAAUUAUGGAGGAAACGCGAGGUUUUUGUUAUGAACUCGAUUAUUAGUCAUCAUUUGAGUCACAAGGAGUUCGGGAUUUGCAUAGAUUUGAUUAGGGAUUUGAUUAAUCGGAGUGAAAGUGAGAGUUUGGAUUCGAGGACAAUGUUGUUGUCAAAGCUGGGGUAUGUGCAGAUGCAAUAUGGGGAUCUGGAAGGGGCAAAAGGGACAUUUGGGUUUAUCGAAAAUUUGGUGAAAGAGGGGAAUGGUGAGGUUGAGUUGAGGAAUUUGGUGAGUAGGAAUAAGGCUUUGAUGUACAUGGUGGGGAAGGACUACAUUUCUGCGGUGAGGGAAUAUGAGGAGUGUAUGGAGAGGGAUGGGACUGAUGUGGUGGCAAUUAACAAUAAAGCGAUUUGCUUGAUGUAUUUGAGGGAUUUGUCAGAUUCGAUUAAGGUGUUGGAGAGUGCAUUGGAGAGAAUUCCAACCAUGGCGUUGAAUGAGACUCUUGUGGUGAAUUUGUGUAGUAUGUAUGAGUUGGCUUAUGUGAAUCAUUCGGACAUUAAGAGGACGCUUAGUAGUUGGAUUGCAAGGGUUGCUCCAGAUGAUUUUGAUUCAUCGUGCACAAGGAUAUGAGGUAUAUUCCUUGAUAAAUUUCUGGUUUUACACAUUGCGAUUCAAUUAAUGUGUAUGUUAUUGGAUUAAGGAUAUGAGAUUUGAUAGUGGUCAAGCAUUGUGCUUUUAAGCUUUGAGAUGAGAUUCAUUUUUAAGCUUCUCAUUGUAUUGAAUACUUUAUUCGAAUGGAUAGCUGAAGGGCAGAUUACUCCGUUGAUUUUGUCUUUUCAUUUUUAUUUGCUUCAUCAGCUGUUUAA